UCGGUAGAUGGCGUUUGCGUCAUCAUUGCUUGCGCUUUUUUGAUGCAGCUUCCCUCCAACCCUUGCUAGCGGAAAGAGAGGAAUUCCCGUUUCCCUGACGAGAUUUGCAUCGCGACCUUCGAGAAUUGUGUUGACAGGCACUUCUUGACACGCAUCCGGACAUCAUGAGCGAGAAGCGGAAAGCGGACGAGGACCUGGAGGAGCGGGACGCGAAAAAGCAGCAGCUCGGCGACGGCGGCGAUGAGGAAAAAAACGAUGCGGAUGCGGCGGAUGCGGACGCUGCCAAGCCGCUGGUGCAGGGCCCCGAACAUGUAGGCGCACUGGUUGUCUGCGGUCAGUUCAACUGGGACAUGGUGGGCAAGCGAGACAACAAGACUACGACACCCUCGGUGCCGCACGGUCGCACCCUCUGGGCACCGCACGUCUUCGGCCCUUUGAAAGGGGUGCGAGUGCGGGUCGCUGCCUCGGGAAGCAACGCAGGCCAUAAUGUCAUCGUCACCGAGGAGGGCCGCUGCUUCACCUUCGGAAGGAACGUCAAGGGCCAACUUGGCCUCGGAGAUGAGCAGAGGCGUGACUUUCCGACUGUUGUGACGAGCCUCAUGGAUGAGAAAAUCGUGGGGGCCGCUUGCGGACGCCACCAUACUCUGUUUCUGACAGAUCGGGGUGAGGUUUACAGCGCCGGUGAUAAUAAAUGUGGACAGUGCGGUGUUGGGAAUACCAAUCCAGUUCUCACCGCCACCAAGGUCAAGCACCAGGGAGCGCCUAUCGUGAAGGUGGCGUGCGGCGCCGAGUUCUCGGUCAUCCUGGACUGCCGCGGCGUGGUGUACACGUUCGGACUGCCCGAGUACGGGCAGCUGGGACAUAACACGGACGGCAAGUACUUCAUCACGAGCACCAAGCUGGGCUUCAACAACGAGACCAAGCCGAAGCGCGUGCUCGUGUUCGUCGAGAAGGGCCGCGACAACCACAGCACGCCCGUUGACGACGUUGAGGUGCGCGACGUGGCCUGCGGCACCAACCACACGGUGGCCGUCGACUCCAAGGGCCGCGUUUUCUCGUGGGGCUUCGGCGGCUACGGCCGCCUCGGACACGCCGACACCAAGGACGAGAUGGUGCCGCGCAGGAUCAAGUAUUUUGACACCCAGACCCGCGGUGUCAAGCACGUCUUUGCUGGAUCUACUUACAGCAUGGCGCUCACUGAUAAUGGCAAUGUGUUCUCUUGGGGCAUGACGAAGCGCACUGGAGAGGCCAACAUGUACCCAAAGCCGGUACAGGAUCUGUGCGGCUGGGACGUGCGCAGCAUCGGCUGCUCUGUCACCAGCGUGAUGGUGGCCGCUGACGAAUCCGUCAUUGGCUGGGGAUGCUCUCCAACCUAUGGCGAACUUGGUUUGGGUGACACGAAGAAGUCAUCGGCUAACCCGACCGAGGUGAAGACGAUGGACGGCCUCCACGUGCACGCCAUCGAGAUGGGCAUGGCGCACACUUUGAUGAUCUGCAGGGAUGAAACGGAGCAGGACAAGGCCAACCUGGCCGACCUACCCUUGUACAACAUCACCUAGAGACGCUUCAGCGCAUUCCUUCUAAUUUAUUUAUAAGAUAUGUACUUGCCCACUGAGUCGAGGACAAACAACACACACACACACACUGCAAGAGAAAGGUUUGGAGUAAUAAGGCUGGUCAAUUACCUAACGCAAUUUUUUGAUCUGUCAACCGAGAAGCCAUCAAAGUAAAGUAGCAUCGAUACCUCUGAGCACUUACACAGUCGCUCGUUCUCCACUUUUCCUGCGCUUUGCUCUCCUUUUUGUUUUUAUUCUAAUCUCUGGGAUAUUACUUGUGUUACUCCCCUGUAGUCUUUGGGGAGGAAAAACUUAAAUUUUAAACUUGUCUUGUCCUUUUAAUCUACUUGGCUGUCUAAAAAAUGGUAUUUAUCCAAAUUUGUUAUAUUUUAUAUUAAAAUCAUUAUUUUGAUUUUUAGUCAAAUUUCAUUUAGUCUUGCUUUCAUAAUCGGAACAGGCGUUUUGGAAAAGUGAGGCCGAUCGUCCGUGGAUCUGCUUCUCUCUCAAUUUUAUUUUUUUAUACACAUAAUUAUACGACGCAAUGAUACUUAAGGGUAGAAGUAGAUUGAUAAGUAAAAAUGAUUGGAAUUUGAUAUUAAUAAAAUCGCACGUGGUGGCUGCUUUCAACAAUGAA